CUCACACUUCUCCCCCAUUCUUUCCUCACUCCCUCCUAAUCUCGCGAUCACCAUCCACAGCCCGAGCUCUCUGGUGGCCGCCCCUCCCCUUCGUCAGCGACGCCGGCGGACAAGAAGGCCCCUGUCUGCCCCGCCCCUCCCCUUCGUCAGCACCGCCUGCGGGCGCGCAAGCCCCUGGUCUGCCCCACCCCUCCCCUUCGUCAGCGACGCCGGCGGACGCGUAGGCCCCGGCUCUGCCCGGCCCCUCCCCUUCAUCAGCACCGCCGGCGGGCGCGCAAGCCCCUGCUCUGCCCGCCCCUUCUUCCUACCCGGUGACGCCGGGGCCCUUCCUUCUCUGGCGACGGCGGGGCGCUCGAGCUCGGCAUGCUCGCCAGCGACGGCGAGGCCUUCCCUCAUGGUGAUGCACUCGCCCCCCUCCUCCUGGCGACGGUGGGCCGCUCAUGCUCGACAUGGUCGCCGGCGACACCGCGCCACGAACUUCCCUCCCCCCUGCUCGGGACGCCAUGAAGGACCAAGAGCAGUUGCUGCUCGUGACCUCCAUCUUGAUUAGGAUGACCACGAUGACCUUCGCGUGCUGUGCUGCUGCUUGGGACCCUCCCCCCUAUGCUUCUCCUCGCUCGUCCUGGUCCAGAUUUUUUUGUGAUGCAAGUAAUGGGGAAAUACAAAAAACACCUAAUGCCGAUUGCUUUGAGCCGUUGUAUUACAAGUUAAGUAAUAUACCCUCAGUGGCCGUGUUGGACAGGAGGGGCCAGAGAAGUGCUUCCGGUUGUUUGAAGAAUGUGAGUCUGACAUCAUAGGUUUCCAUUUUAUGAAGAAACCAUCAAGGUACAAUAAUAUGCUGAUGAUCUUGCCCUGUUCUUGAGACCGUCGCUCCAAGAUCUUAUAUUUGUUAAAGCCACCCUUGGCAUCUUCGGUGAGGGCCACAUGCAAGUCUACCUGCUAACUCAAGCCAUUAGCUCGGUGGAGAGGAACAUUGACGAGCCGGAUCAGUUCGACUGGCCCUGCGACGCGUCUGGCAAAUACACAGCCAGCUCUACCUAUAUGAGGCUCUGCAUUGGAUACACGCGUGCCCCGGCUGCCGGUUGCAUUUCGCGAAGUUGGGCCCCUCUCAAAUGCAAAAUCUUCAUGUGGUUGGCCUGUCAAUACCGGCUAUGGACUUCGGACCGCCGUGCCCGGCAUGGCCUUCAAGACGCCCCAUCCCCUUGCUAUACUUGUCUCCAAGAUGAGGACAACGCGGAUCACAUUCUCGUGCAGCGCGUCUACGCCUGCGAGGUGUGGCACUCCUGUUUCAGCUCAUGGAGAUUCACCAUCCACACGCCAGACGCAAACGCCACAUUCUUGCAAUGGUGGCUUGAGCAAAGGAGUAGAUUCAGAGGGAAGGCCAAGAGAUCCGUGGACUCCGUCGUGAUUCUCAUCGCAUGGGCACUCUAGAAGCAACGCAAUGCACGAGUCUUCAAUAACAGAUCGCGACAGAGAUCCCCCCUGCAUCUUACAGAUGAUAUCCAACAGGAGAUAGAGGAUUGGAAGAAGGCCGGUCUCGGCGGUGCUGGAGCUUUAGAUGCUUUUACGAGAGAGUAGCCUUUGAUUUCUAGGGUGUAGGUGUGGUGUGUGUCCUCCCCGUCGACUUGUUCGCAUCUCGUUCGAGCUCUUGUACAUAUUAUUCUGCCUUCUAUAAAAAUAUGGUAUACCAUUGGCGUAUUCUUGAAAAAAAGAAUUGAUGAUGCAUUUUGUUUGGGGGGGGGGGGGGCGAUGCACUUGUUUUACUACUGGUCAGUGGCGGAGCUACAAAAGAAAAAUUGGGCGGGCCAGAGAAUACUAAGCUACCAAAGUAUACCAAACAGGGCUACCAAAUUGGCAGUAAACAACAAUUUAGUGCACUGUUAGACAGUAAACAAGAACAGUACUUUUGUUGUGAACUUGUAAACUGUAAAAGUGGCAUCUGUUGUGAACUUGUAAAGUGUAAAGAACAGAUCUUCAGUGGAUUAUUUAUGCUUAUUGGGGUCGAGUUUAGGGGAUUUAGGGGAUGAUUUAAGGAACAAUGACCUAAGUUGAAUUUAGGGGAAUAAAAUUGUGAAUCAUUUAAAUCGAUUUACCUAUGCUGCUUGCAGGGAUUCCGAUCAGUAGUGAUUCUGAUGAAUUCAGAAAAGAAGCUAGCUUUUUUUUUAGAAUCAUUCUGAUAGAUUGAGAGAAGAAGCUAGCUAGUUGGGUGCCUGGGUCGCAGGGUCGCCGCCUACCACUGCAUGGUCGCGUGGGUCCCCUGAAUAGAUGUAUGCCGGUUGGCCGUCCGUCCGUGGGACACUGUGUGUGCGGUGCUCCGGUGGCCGGCGGCCCGCGGCCGGCGUCGCGGCAGCCGGUGGCUGAUGUGCUUUCUAGUUCCUACUGUGCUAUGAGACGGCGGUCGAAGUUGAACCCUGAGCCUGCAUCGCUGUGAGUCUUACGCGUACGAGUCUGCUGCUUGCCUUCUCUGUAUGGUGUUCGUCAGCGCUGUGUGCUGCAGCCUGCAGUAGUAUAAAAUUUAUUUUUUGCUCCGGACCUGGGCGGGCCAUGGCCCAAUCGGCCUUGCCGAAGCUCCACCAGUGCUACUGGUGUAGCCGUCGGCUACAGCCGUCUACCUUUGAUCAGGAAUAAACACGUAGCCCCUGUCAACAUUUGUGCCUAGGAUUUCUUGACUCGAGCUCAGUCAAUCAUUUUGUGGUCAGACAAAAGCGCCGGAAUGUUCAUUCAUCGCCUACCUCUACCUUCGAAAAGACCCAUACAUCACACAUCCACCCACAGAAGUCCUGAAUUCCAUAGGUCGACGCCGAAUUCUCGUCGCCGGUCAAUUCUGCGACUCAUUCCUCCUCCAGAAACAACACAACCUGCAACAGUUUCUGUGGUUGACAGCUUCACUGAUGUGGACGCACGGCCGUGCCGCCCAGGACAGGAUAGACAUAGACUGCGUGGCUGCGGUCGAUCAAGUGCGUGUUCGUCUUCCGCCGCGCGCGAACGCUCUGCGAGUACAAAUAGCCGGUGCCGUCGCACCGAAACGAGGGGAGGCACGGAGGGCACAGGUUGUAGACGAGAAUACGAGAUGGCAGCUGGCGCGCUUCCUCUGGGCGUGUUCGUCGUGCUGCUCUGCGUGGGCGUCGUGCGCGCGGCGGACGCGGACAUCAUCGCGGCCGGCCGUCCGCUCUCCGGCGACCAGAAGCUGGUCUCUCCCGGCGGCAAGUUCGCCUUAGGACUCUUCCACCCAGACGGCGCAGCCGACGGCAGCUGGUACGUCGGCAUCUGGUACCACAAGAUCCCGGUGCACACGCCGGUCUGGGUGGCCAACCGCGAGACGCCGGUCUCCAACACGUCGCGGCUCGCCAUCGCGCCCGACGGCAACCUCGCGCUGUUUGACGGCGCCGGCUCGAUCGUCUGGUCCACGAACGCCAGCACCAGCGGCGUCGCCAAUGCCAGUGACACGGUCGCCGUUCUCCUCGACUCCGGAAACCUCGUGCUCGCGCCGGCGUCCAACGCCUCCGCGGUGCUGUGGCAGAGCUUCGACCACAUCACGGACACGUGGCUUCCAGGCGGGAAGCUCAGGCGCGACAAGCGCACCGGCGCCAUCCAGGCUAUGGCCUCGUGGAGGGCGCGCGGCGACCCCGCGCCGGGGAUGUACGCCCUCCAGCUCGACCCGUCCGGGGCGAAGCAGUACUUGCUGCUGUGGAAUGCCACCCGUGUGUACUGGGCCACCGGCAACUGGACAGGCAAAUACUUUACCGGCGCGCCGGAGGUCGCCGCGUCGAGCGGCGGCUCCGGGUAUAGCUUCAACUUCGUGGACAACGACGACGAGAGCUACUUCACUUAUAACUUCGCCGUGAACACGACGGUGUACCGGUUCGUCAUGGACGUGUCGGGGCAGGUCAAGGGGUGGUUCUGGGUGGAGGCCACGCAGGGAUGGAACCUGGUCUACGCCGAGCCCAAGGCACGGUGCGCCGUGCCUCGCGGCUGCGGCGCGUUUGGCGUCUGUACCGAGGGCUCGUCCACGGCGUGCGACUGCGCCCGGGGCUUCAAUCCGCAAAGUCCGGCGAGCUGGGGCCUCGGCGACUACAUCAGCGGUUGCGUGCGCAACACCCAGCUUCAGUGCAGUAAGAACAGCAGUGACCCGUCGGACGGCUUGAAGAAGGUGGAGCAGGACAAGUUCCUCCGCAUCGACGGCAUGAGGCUUCCUGACGAUGGCCGAAUGGCGGGAGCUGCAAGCUCCGGCGACUGCCAACGCGCGUGUCUAGGGGACUGCACAUGCUCCGCCUACGCGUACAACGGCAGCUGCUUCUUGUGGCACGGCGAUCUGUUCAACUUACAGGACGGUGUCCUGGACAACCAGGCCGGCGCGGGGAGCCUGUACCUCCGACUCGCCGCGUCGGAGCUCCCAGGCGCGCGAAGCCACGUAUGGAGGGACAUCAAGGUCGCCGCCGUGGCACUCGGCGUCACGUGCUUCGUGAUCGCCGCAGCCAUUCUUCUCGUUCGUACGAUAAGAGGUGCGAUGAAGAGGAGAAGAGCAACGAGACUCAACGGUCUCGCCGUCGGCGAUGGCUGCGUGAGCUACAAGUACAGCGACCUGCAGUCCUUGACCAAGAACUUCACCGACAAGAUCGGGGCGGGCGCCUUCGGGUCGGUGUUCAAGGGCCAGUUCUCCGACAACACCGUCGUGGCCGUCAAGAAGCUGGAGGGGCUCCGGCAAGGCGAGAAGCAGUUCCGCGCCGAGGUGAGCACGCUGGGCACCAUCCAGCACGUCAACCUCAUCCGCAUGCUCGGCUUCUGCUCCCACGGCGGCGACCGGAAGCUGCUCGUCUACGAGUACAUGCCCAACGGCUCGCUCGACCGGCACCUGUUCCGCAAGACGUUCUACGUCCUCAGCUGGCAGGUGCGGUACCAGGUCGCGCUCGGCGUCGCCAAGGGGCUGGCCUACCUCCACGACAAGUGCCGGGACUGCAUCAUCCACUGCGACGUGAAGCCCGAGAACAUCCUCCUCGACGCCUCCUUCGGCGCCAAGGUGGCGGACUUCGGGCUCGCCAAGCUCGUCGGCCGGGACUUCAGCCGGGUGCUCACCACCAUGCGCGGCACGGUGGGGUACCUGGCGCCGGAGUGGAUCAGCGGCGAGGCCAUCACGGCCAAGGCGGACGUGUUCAGCUACGGGAUGAUGCUCUUCGAGAUCGUGUCCGGGAGGCGGAACAUCGAGCAAGGGGAGAGGCGGUCCGUGGUGUCGUCGGCGACAGACGCGGAUGGUGAGGAGGCAGAGGAACACCCGACGACGACCUUCUUCCCGUUGCUGGUCGCGAGGAAGCUGGCAGAGGGGGACGUGAUGACAUUGCUGGAUCCCGAGCUGGAAGGCGACGCGAACGCCGAGGAGAUGAGGAGGGUGUGCAAGGUCGCCUGCUGGUGCAUCCAGCGCGACGUCGACGCGCGCCCGACGAUGGGGGAGGUGGUGCAGGUGCUAGAGGGGCUGACGGACUUGGAGAUGCCACCAGUGCCUCACUACCUUGAAGUGCUCGUGGGACGGCCGGUACACGGAACAGUGUACCAUAGCACAGAGCAGUUUUUCCGUUCGUAGUACUAGAGCGUAUCCCGUACUCCGCGCCAUGGAGCAUUCCGGCUGGAACUAGUAUCACUAGUCGUCAACCCGUGCAUUCGCACGGGCUAGUGUAUAUUUUCUACGCCUUUUUGUCUUGUUUGAAAGAAAAAAUGCAUUUAUUUUCAACUUGGUUCUUUUUCAUAUUUUCAUUCAUGAAUUCUACUUGUUCACACAUACAAAUUUGAAUAGUUAUAUUCAUAUACUAUAUUGCAAAAA